AUGAAUCGGUCUUCAAAAUUUGGUACACCAUGGUCCACUGUCAAAUCUGUGGCUCGUCCAACUAGAAGACUUUUUCAAAAUUCUGGUGCUAGUCGUCGUGGAAAUCUAGUAGGAUUGAAUUUCCUUUUUACUUUAACCGAUCAAGAAAACCUUCGAAUAGCCGUUGAAGAACUUGCAAAACAACCAACUCAACUUCCACAAAUUGAUCAAGUACCUGAUGUCUCUCCGAAUGACCUCUCUCAACAUGGAAAUAAUAAUUCUUCUCUUAGAAAAAAAGGAAAUAAAAAAUUUUUAAUUAGUUUUAAUAAUAAUAGUAAUAAAACUUCUUCAAAUAAUCAAAAGAAACAAAAAUCUUCUACUCCAUCUGUAUUUAUAAUAACAAUUGAAGAUCGAAGUCAAUUAUUAAGUAUACGUAGACAAAUUUCUGACUUCAUAGAAUUUGAUCAGCAGCUUCGUCAUGAAUUUCCAAAAUCUAGACCUACCUUACCUUCAUUAGAUGAUCGAAGAAAAUCAUUUUUAUUACCUCGACAUUUAUUUACUCGUAAAUCUACUGCUGAAAAACUUGAAAGUUAUUUAAGAAAAGUUUUAAGUGAUUCACAUUUAAAAUCUUCAGCUGUUUUACGUGAUUUCUUAAGUGUUAAAUCUGAAAAAGAUACUAUUAGAUGGAAAAAAACUUCAAAUUCAAAUAGUAUUAUAGAUAAUAGAUCUGUAACAAAUGUAGUAUUAAAACCUCAUAAACCUCAUAAACCUUCUAUAGAUGAUUACGAUUUAAUAAAAGUUCUUGGUAGAGGUUGUAUGGGAAAGGUAAUAUUAUCAAGAGAAAAAUCUACAAAUAGAUUAUAUGCUGUCAAAGUUAUUUCCAAAGAGUGGGUGGUUUUUCGGCAAGAGGUUGAUCAUACGAGAACUGAACGAGAUAUUCUUGCGAUUGCUUCCAGAACUUCUCAUCCUUUCCUUAUUAGAUUACGUGAAUCUUUUCAUGAUAGUAAUCAAUUAUUUCUUGUAUUGGAUUAUUAUCCUGGUGGUGAUAUUGCUACUCAAUUAGCUAAAUGGCAUAGAUUUGAUGACGCUAGAUGUCUUUUUUAUGCCGCUGAAAUUGUUCUUGGUAUAGAAGAAUUACAUCGUUUGGGUAUUGUUGAUUUGAAACCUGAAAAUAUUCUUAUCGGUCGUGAUGGACAUAUUGUUCUCACUGACUUUGGUUUAUCAAAACAAUUUAAUCAUUCGUGGCAAAAGACUAACACUUUUUGUGGUACCGCUGAAUACUUGGCUCCUGAAAUAAUACGAGCAGAAUAUUAUACUUUUGCGGUAGAUUGGUGGAGUUUAGGAACUUUGAUUUAUGAAAUGAUGUUUGGUAUAACUCCAUUUUGGGCAGAUGACCAGAAUAGAAUGUAUCAACGCGUAUUAGAAGACGAAUUGGAAUUUCCAGAAGAUAUAAUGUAUGAUGCAAUAAGUUUAUUACGAGGUUUAUUACAACGUGAUCCUAGUCAACGGCUGGGAUGUGGUCCAACGGGUUCGUUGGAAAUUAAAUCUCAUCCAUAUUUUGAUUAUGUUGAUUGGGACGAUGUUUUAAACAAAAGAAUAUGUGCCCCUUAUAUUCCAACUAUCGAACAUGAGAUGGAUCUUAGAAAUUUUGAUGAUGUAUUUGUUACAAUGUCUCCAAAAUUAUCCUUACCGAAACGUGAUGUUCCUGUCGAAAUGCAACAAUGCUUUACAGGAUAUUCCUUCUCGGAAAAUUACAUGGAUUCAAGAUCUGUAAAUACAUUACGUGCUAGUAGAAGUGUUAAUCGUUCUCUUGCUGAUGUUACUUCUUUACAUAGAACUAAUUCUUCCGCUACUCUUGGAUGCGAACGUUAUGAUCGUACUGACCAAGAUUGGAAUAAUAGUAGUUAUGACUUAGAUCAAUAUAUCUCUAAAUGUCCGACUAUUAUGGUUGGUGAUACUAAAUAUCGUAACCAUCUUUAUCUAAACAAAAGGAUUUCUCAAUUCUUGUUGGAUGACUCUCAUUUAAAUUUGGCCGAUAAUUCUUCUUCUUCCUCUUCAACAGUUGAACGUCAAACUGACGUAUAUCCUAAUUCAUGA